AUGCACAUACCAGCCAGCGCAUUACCAACUUGUUUGGGUGGCCUCAUAGAACACAAGCACGAGGCCUGGCUGCAAGAAUGCGUUAAACGUCUCCAACUGACAAAUCCAUUACCCGAUGAUUACUUCUCUCGGCCUAUCAGACUCCGAAUCUACCAGUUGGCUAAUGGUAGCCGUCCUACUGACGACAGUGACUGCGAAUCUGGUCAUGAUAGUAUACUAGUGACAGCUGCUUCUCUUAAUUCGACAAUAAGCCGUCUUUGCUCCACCGGAUCGCUCCCUUCCUCUUCCCAAAACGACGCCACAUUAAGAAAUGGAGUCCAGGAGUCUAGCCGCCGCGUGAAGCACCAGUUGCUAUUCGAUGAGAUUGACUCGGCUGUUGCUGACAGCUUGACUACCUUUACUGACAACAGAAGCUUUGGUGCUGGCUUCACGCCACUUGAUAUCGUGGUUAGGUCUCCAGGGUCGCCGAGCAACGACAAACGAAGCCAUCAAUUUUGGGAUUCGGGCCAGAUUGCCGAUGGGGUUGAGGGCUAUUGGUCCGACCUUGUUUUCGCAACUUGGUCGGAGCGUCAGGGAGUCAUUGUGGACCGUAUCUAG